AUGUUGGCUCUCAACUCGACCCGUCAAACCCUCUUCCGUGGAGCACGCACGCUCUCGACCUCCGCGGUCCGCAACGAUCUCGCUCGCAUGCAGGUGCUCGGCCGUCUCGCGGCAGACCCGGAACUCAAGUCGACCAAGAACGGCAAGGACUACGUCCGAUACACGGUCGCCACGAGCGAUCCCCCCACUGGACCCGCAGAGGAUGGAGAGCGCGCCCCCACUACCACGUCCUACCACCGCUUCUACGUUUUUGGCGACCGCGGCGUCGACAGGAUGAGGAACAUCAAGAAGGGCUACCGCGUGCUGGUGGACGCCGAGUUCAGGAUCGAGAGGACCCCCGCUGAGGGAGAGCAGCCUGCACGAGAGACGCUGUUGGCUCUGCACCGCGGCAUCCAGGUCAUCUCCAAGCCCAAGGAGGCUGGCGAGGCCUAA